AUGACAACUUUGUUCUUCCAUUUGCUCCUUUUCUUGAUCACUCCCUGUGUUACUAACCUCAUCCCUGCUGUACACAGCAAGUGUAUUGAAGCCCAGAAACAAUCAUUGCUUAGUUUCAAGAAAAGUCUUGUAUUUGAUUCUUCUUCUUCCUCCAAGCUCAUAACUUGGAAUUCCAGCACCGAGUGCUGUUCAUGGCUCGGUGUAACUUGCAGCACUAAUGGGAGUGUUGUUGGACUUGACAUCAGCAGCGAGUCUAUCUCAUGCAACAUUGACGAUUCCAGCAGUCUGUUCCAACUUGAACAUCUUCAGAGCCUCAAUUUAGCCUAUAACGACUUCAAUGGCUCUUCAAUACCUUCUGCAAUUGGGAAGCUUGCAAGUUUAAGGUAUCUAAAUUUAACAUAUGCCUUCUAUUCUGGGCAGAUUCCCAUUGAGGUUGCACACUUGACAAGGUUGACGGUUCUUGAUCUCUCUAGUAAUUACCUGAAUGGGGAGUUAAAACUUGAGAACCCGAAUUUAGGCUUGCUAAUCCAGAACCUUACAGAGCUUACAGAGUUACAUCUUGAUUAUCUAAACCUAUCAGCUGAAGGAUCUCUAUGGAGCCAAACCAUAUCAUCUUCGCUUCCAAAGCUGAGUGUGUUGACCUUGUCCUAUUGUGAUCUUUCAGGCCCUAUUCAUGAAUCAUUUGCCAGGCUUCAUUCUCUAUCCAUGUUAAUAUUGGAUAAAAACUACAUCUCUGCUCCAGUUCCAAAAUUCUUUGCAAAUUUUUCUAGUUUGGUUUCCUUGAGUCUCUCUAACUGUAACUUGCAUGGAGCAUUUCCCAAAGAGUUACUCCAGAUACCUACACUACAGUCGGUUGACCUGUCAACUAAUUCAGAGCUCCAGGGUUCCUUACCAGAGUUUCCAAAGAACGGAUCUCUCGAAUCCCUAGUCCUAAGUGGGACUAAAUUUUCAGGAGUCUUGCCGGACUCUAUGGGCAACCUUGAAAAGCUGUCCAAAUUAGAUCUUUCAGAUUGCAAUUUCACAGGGGUAGUUCCAAAGUCACUGGAAAACCUAACACAAUUGGGGUUUUUGGCCUUGUCAUCCAACAAGUUUUCUAGUCCGAUUAAUUCUAUCCAAUGGGACAAACUCAUCAAGCUUGAGCUUCUCGACUUAGCCAACAAUCUACUCUAUGGGAGUAUUCCAGUGUCUCCCUUUUUCAUUCCUUUGCUGCAGAGGUUAGUACUUUCUGGAAAUAACUUCUCUGGUCAGUUGCUUGAAUUUUCUAAUGUCUCUUCGUACUUGUUGUACGAACUUGAUUUGAGUAGCAACAAUUUGGAAGGAUCAAUACCUGUAUCCAUCUUUAAUCUUCCAGGGCUUCAGGAGUUUCGUCUUUCUUCAAACAACUUGAGUGGUUUUCCUUUUUAUGGCCUUCAAGAGUCGAGAAAUCUUUCGUUUCUUGAUCUAUCCCACAAUAGCCUGUUGUUCAAUGAUAACGGUACCAAGUCAUCGCACCCCUCCCUCCUUCAGAUUAACAACUUGAUAUUGGCUUCUAACAAGUUGAAAACAUUCCCAAAAUUCUUGAAAGAUCAAUCUAGUUUAGCCUACUUGGACCUCUCAGACAACCAGAUUUCAGGUCAAAUACCCAAUUGGAUUUGGGGGCUUCCUCUCAAUACUCUAAAUCUCUGUUGUAACAAGUUGGUAAGUCUAGAAGCUCCUUUACUUAGUUCUACUUACAAUGUGUUGAAUAUUGAUCUUCACUCAAACCAGCUUCAGGGACAGAUCCCAUUGUUUGUAAGUGGUAAUUAUUUGGAUUACUCAAGAAAUAACUUCAGCUCUAGUAUACCAACUGACAUUGGUGAUUUCAUUUCUUCCACGGCCUACCUUUCCCUUUCAAGCAAUAACUUGUAUGGAGAAAUUCCAAACUCAAUAUGCAAUGCAAGUGGUCUAGUUCUUGAUCUCUCUAAUAACUCUUUGAGUGGAAUCAUUCCCCAAUGCUUGACUCAGAUAUCUUCACUUUCUGUCCUUGAUAUGAGGAGAAACAAUCUUAUUGGAUCUAUCCCCGAUACAUUUAGUGAGGGAUGUAAUUUGAAAACUCUAGCUAUAAGCAGAAAUCAGAUAAUAGGUCAGUUUCCAAAAUCUCUAGCCAAUUGUUCAAACCUAGAGGUUUUAGACCUUGGACUCAAUCAAAUAACAGACACCUUUCCCUGCCCAUUGAAGACCUUAUCCACCUUGCAUGUCCUUCUGUUGCGAUCCAACAAAUUUUAUGGAACCAUUGGAUGUCCCGAGACAAAUGGCACCUGGCCGAAGCUUCAAAUCAUAGACUUGGCUCAUAACAGUUUCAAUGGUGAAAUACCAGGUUCGUCAUUGGCAACAUGGCAGGCAAUGAUGGUCAAUGAAGAUGACACCCAAAUUGACCUUGGAUAUUCGUUCAAUGGAGGUAGUCGAAGUGGGCUCUUUAUUGAUUAUGUUGAUGCAGUAACAACUACAAGCAAAGGUCAGGAGAUGGAUAUAAUAAAGAUUUUAACAAUCUUCACUUCGAUUGACUUCUCUGCUAACAAGUUCAAUGGAACAAUACCUAAGGAAAUAGGCCAACUCAGAUCACUGUAUGUCCUCAAUCUGUCCAGUAAUGCUUUCACAGGCGAAAUCCCAUCAUCCUUUGGUAACAUAAGAACCCUCGAGUCCUUAGACCUCUCACAGAACCACCUGAGCGGCCAAAUUCCACAGCAGCUUGCGAAUCUCACUUUUCUUUCGUAUUUGAAUGUCUCAAAUAAUCAACUGACAGGAAGGAUCCCAACAAGCACUCAGUUUUCGACAUUUCCAAACACCUCCUUCCAGGGUAACAAAGGAUUAUGGGGGCCUCCUCUGACAGAAGAUAUACCAGCCGUAUCGCCACCGCCUACAUUAGCUGGAAGCUCAAGUAAUCAGAAACCUGGAGAUGACAUUGACUGGGAUAUUAUCAGUGUUGAAAUUGGAUUUACAUGUGGAUUUGGUAUUGUCAUCGGAUCGCUUUUGUUUUGCAAAAGAUGGAGGGAAUGGUAUUACAGAGCUAUGUGUAACAUCCUGUUCAAGAUAUUCCCUCAGCUGGCACAAAGAUUUGGUAAUAUUCAAAGGCUUGUUUACAUAAAUGGAAGGUACCGAAGACGAUGAAAUGGUAAGGUUAACCAAGCAUGAA